AGGGGAACUAAGCAGGAGUUCAACCACAGCAAGAGAAAACCAGAGUACAGGAAGGGGAAAAAAAUCUCUUUUGGUGUUAAGUUCUGCCACUCUCCCCAGUCUGACAUGUAACAGAAGAUUUUUCAACAGAAAAAGAACCAUUUCCUCAAAAACAAAACAUUAUUCAGGUUUCAUAAUUCUGAAUCAUGUUGGGAAAAAAGCUGGUGACUGCACAGAAGCGAGGGGAGACAAGAGCCCUGUGCUUGGGACUAGGAAUGGUUGUGUGCUCCAUGAUGAUGUACUUUUUUAUUGGGAUCACCAUCGUGCCAUUCUACACUAAAAGCGUUUGGACAACAGAAACUGUGUGCAAGGUACUCAAAGUCAGCAUUAAGGACCAAGCUCCCUGCCCAAACAGUGACUGCUCAGAGGAUGAGGAUGUCUUUCCUUAUCCCUGCCUACAGGUGCGGGUUAACCUGACAGCAUCAGGACAAGAGGUUAUGCUGUAUGCGACUGAAGACACACUGGAAAGAAAUCCUAAGUGCUCAUAUGUCCCAGAGAAGUCUGAGAAAGAAGUUAAAGCAAAAAUAGAAAAGAUUGCAAGCAAUUUCAAAAACCACCAGACUGUACCAUGCUACUACAACCCAGGAGGAACGCAGACCAGUGUCAUUCACAGCAGACUUUAUCCCCCAAAAGGCCUCCUCUUUGUUUUCCUUUGGCCUACACUCAUGUUUACUGGUGGAUGUCUGAUUAUUUUUCUGGUAAAAAUUAGUCAGUAUGUUUCUGUUCUUUCUGCUUGGCAGUAGAAAAUAAAACAACAAUCUAAUAUAGAUUGUUGCCAACUACUGAAGCACCUUUGUUCUUCCUCUCUUUAUCUGCAUUUUGUGACUUUUAAUAUACACCAAGGGCAAGCAUUUCAGAAAACUUCUCAUGGUGAUCAGCAAAUAAAAAUGAGAGCACAGUAGUACAAAACAGCACUUAGCAACAGCAACACUGGUCAACAUUCAAAGUCUAGACAGAUAUCUAUUAGAAAUCCAUAGAAGGUAAAGUGACCUGCUCUAGUGCUUAAGAAUCAUACUGCGUGUGCAUUGGCCAUUAAAAAAAAAAAAAAAUCACACAAAAAACAACCAAUCAAAUCCACACAACCAAACAAACACAAAAUCCCAAACCAAACCAAUCCAACCAAACCCACCACCUGAAAAAAACACAAACCAACACACAAAACCAAACCAUCAAACGAACACCACCACAACACAAAACCAAAACCAACAGACAAAUCAAACCAACCUCCCUCCAGAAAUUUAUAUAGGAGAAUUACUUGCAGAGAGAGUACACUAUUUACAACUUCCUGUAAUGCUGCCAUGAAAGGAAUCUCUCUGCACAUUGGAUUUCAACCUUUCUCAUUCAUGAAAGUGCAGCUGGCGCAGGUCAUGGUGAGUGACCAAAAGCAUUUGCAAUUUAGACAGGAAAGGGAAGAGAGCCUGUUUUGUUAGUUCACCAGAAGCUGAUGCAGAAGGAUGGCAAUUGCUGAAAAAGGCAGUACUGUGAGCAGGAGGAUAGCUGUUGAAGCUAACCUGCUGUACUGGUACUGUACUGGAUGAGAACAAGCUAGAUGAGUGUGGAGAUUUACUGAACAGACUCUUUGAUAGCUUUGCUCCAAGGGUAUGUUCCUUUUCCUCUUUGAUCACAUACCUCUUCCCAUAAUAAAUCCAAAAUCUGAUGUUCUCUACGUUAGGUGUGCAUUACCCUAAUUGCCUUGUUUCAAUAAAGCAACUUUUUGAA